UUUGUAAGGUGCAUUUAAGAUGUUUGAUUGGCACAAGCGCUAUGUAUAAUCGUCGAAUGCAUAUUUUAACUACCUGAUAAAAUUGCAUAUAAGAUAAGUGCGUCGUUAAAUUAGAUGAUGUGUUUACUUAAAGUGGUGUGCGGUUAAGAAAGCGUAGGCGAGCAUGGGAAUGUUAUUGUAUCAUAUAAAAAAGCAAUAACAGAUGAGCAAUACAAAUCGUUUGGUUAGCGAGCAUGAUUUCAAUGCAUUGGUCGUGAACCUGGGAUAAACCGGGGUGUGUUUUGUGGUAAUAUAAACCAGCGUGUAAUUUAAUACACGUCUGAAGUAGAUUAACCGAACUGGCAAUGUUAAACAGAUUGCGCCAAUUGCACUGGCAUAAACAAACAUGAAUCCGGACGAUAAACAGGCAUAAACAGUCAUGACUCCGGACGAUAAAAUCCGACAUUUUCUGAGACUGUGGUUGCUUGUUUUAGUGCUGCAUAUCGGGCAAUGUGUCAAGGUUAAAGUCGCCGUUUAUGAACAUGUUGUUAUUUCUCAUCCAAAAGCGAAUGAGAGCUUAACAAGAGAGGAAGCGUUUGAGUUUAUGAAGAAAAACUUAAACAUUAUAGAGACAAGGGCUGUUGAAGCUUCAAAACAGGGUGCGAAAAUAGUUAUUUUCCCCGAGUAUGGAAUUGCGGGAUUUGACCACACACGCAAUUCUAUAAGUCCUUUCUUGGAAGACAUCCCCGAUGGAUCACUUUCGUGGAACCCGUGUGAGGAACCUGACAGAUUCAAAGACACGCAAGUGCUGAAGGUCUUAAGUUGCAGGGCGAAGACGUCGAGUAUAUACAUCAUAGCAAACAUGGGUGACAUAAAACCGUGCAGCAAAGUUACCGAUCCGUCUUGUCCCCGAGAUGGUAGGUACCAGUUUAACACCAACGUCGUUUUUGACGACAAAGGACGUCUGAUUGCACGCUAUCACAAACGGAACAUGUACGAUGAGACGCCUUUAUUUGAUCCUGCGCCCAAGACCGAAUUUGUGUUUUUCGAUACCGAUUUCGGGAGAUUCGGAACUGUUGUCUGCUUCGACCUACUUCACGAAAACCCGACACAAACUCUCAUUGAACAAAAUGGGAUUCGGAACUUACUUGUUACAUCUGCCUGGAAUGUGUUUUAUCCGUUUAUUUUACCGGUGCAAAUGUAUGCUGGAAUUUCGAAACGCAAUAACAUAACCAUUGCUGUUUCCAACGCUAGGAACUCUGAAUACACAAUGGCUGGAUCAGGGAUAUUUGGAAAUGGCGUCGAUGCAAGUACAAGUAUGGAUUACAAAAAUUCUGAGGGUCAGUUGCUUGUAGGAGAGAUUGACACUUUUGACACCCGUGCCACUACAGUCAAACCAGAAGAUCCUUCUUUACAAGGUAUUGGUGGUAUAGCUCCAAAUGACUUUGCACAAUACGUGAACUCUUCGAUCAUUGGGCGUCACUACUUAUUUGGCAUGAAUUUGUCAUUUGUAAUGUUAACCGGUGAAAAAGGCCGGGUAUACACUUGCUAUGAGAAAGUUUGUUGCGCAGUACAGUACGACUUCAAUGUAAAGGUCGGAGAGGAACUGUUUGUUUUGAGUGCCACAGACUUUAAUAUGCACAAACCUGGAGAAAUUCAUAUGCAGUUUUGUGCCAUCCACAGAUGUGCCACAAAUGAACCUGCGUCGUGUGGUGAUCCGGUCAACAGCACAUCGUCUACUUUUUCUUACGUUAAAAUUCAGGGAUUUUUCGACCCUGGCGUUGUGUUUCCUUUUGUUUCUACGUCCUCUGUUGCCAAUUACCAUACAAUGGAACUUGACAAAUAUAAGUUCAGUAGAAGCAAAGCCAUCAUAGAGAGCGACGCAUUUGAUAAGCCCAUGUUGGCAAUUGUUGUUUUUAACAGCGUCCCGGCAGAAUCCGGAAAGUCAAAUAGUGAUGCAUCAAAUAAAGCCAAACAUUCGCUGCCGUCAAAAAGUCUCCAUUGGAUAUGCAUUGCAUUUGUGUUUUUGUUUUCAUGUGACACAUUUGCUUGGCGUUUGAGCUUGUGUAUUAAACAAAUGUUCAGGUACAUUUGCUAUAUUACUACCCAUUUCGCGUUAUCCUAUACAUAUAUAUAAUACAUGCACUAUGAAGUCUUUGUUAGUGUCAUUGUGUACUUGAAUUUAUCGUGCGAGUUGAAAAAAGGUUUACACGACGAGGCUUGCCGAGCCACGUAAGCCUUUCUAAGACGAGUCGGAUAAAUUUAAGCACACUGACUGACACUAGUAUAGUAUUCUAUUUAUCCUACAAUAUUUAUAUAAAAAAUCUUUGUUUAUCAAAAUAUUAACGUUAAAUUGUUUAAAUGGCAAAAACAUAUUAAAUUGGAACUGAAUCAAA